GCCAAAGUGACUGGUUGGUUGCAACGAUUGCAACGAAAGAAAAUUGUCGUACUUUGUAGCUAUUUGUGUUGAAAGUUAGUAAAAAAAAAUAAUAAGGCCUCAAUUAAGUUUAAUACUAUCUUUAAGUAAAUAUAUUAUUGAUAUAAAGGAAGAAAGUUAUAUCGGCUACGGUGUACCGGAUGAGUAUCAGUGCCUGUGCUAUGCCAAUCAUUAAUUAUAACCACAAUGAAUGGCAUCGUGUGAUUAUACGACUUUCCGUUACCGACGCUACUUCACCAAACGAAUUUUUAAGGCAAAAACACUAAAGGUACAUAAAAACAUAUCACAUUAAAAUGAGUACAGCUGUUGAAAAUGGAAAUCAACCUGGUAAUCUCAAGAAAAAGACCAUUGAAGGAAUUUACCAGAAGAAAACACAACUGGAGCAUAUUCUAUUGCGUCCAGAUACAUACAUUGGAUCUGUUGAAAGCACUACUGAACUUAUGUGGGUUUAUGACAAAGAAAAAGAAAUGAUGAUACAAAAAGAUAUCAAAUUUGUUCCUGGAUUAUAUAAAAUAUUUGAUGAAAUUUUGGUAAAUGCCGCUGAUAAUAAGCAACGAGAUCCAAAAAUGGAUACUAUUAAGGUUGAUAUAGAUGCAGAAAAUAAUACUAUAUCUGUCUGGAAUAAUGGAAAAGGAAUUCCUGUUGUGAUACACAAGGAAGAGAAUAUGUAUGUACCCACUAUGAUUUUUGGCCAUUUAUUAACAUCAUCAAAUUACGAUGAUGAGGAAGAAAAAGUAACUGGAGGAAGAAACGGUUAUGGUGCAAAAUUGUGUAAUAUUUUUAGUCAUCGUUUCACUGUUGAAACUGCAUCUAAAGAAUAUAAAAAAUGUUUAAAACAAACAUGGGGUGAUAAUAUGGGGAAAGCCAGUGAACCUCGAAUUAAAGAUUUUCAUGGAGAAGAUUUUACAAAAGUAACAUUUUCUCCAGAUUUAUCAAAAUUCAAAAUGGAUUCUUUAGAUGAUGAUAUAGUAUCUCUUAUGUCGCGUCGAGCAUAUGAUGUAGCAGCAUCUACAAGAGGCGUGAAAGUUUAUCUUAAUGGCGUUAGAGUACCUGUGAAAAAUUUUAAAGAUUAUGUCGAUUGUUAUAUUAAAGGAAAAGAAGAUGAUACUGGUAACCCAUUGAAAAUAGCUUAUGAAGCUUGUGGAGCUCGUUGGGAAGUAGCAGUAACUUUAUCUGACAAAGGUUUCCAGCAAAUGUCAUUUGUAAAUAGUAUUGCAACGACGAAGGGUGGCCGCCAUGUAGACCAUGUUACAGAUUUAAUAGUAAAACAAUUGACAGAAACUUUAAAAAAGAAAAACAAAGCUGGAAUAACCAUCAAACCAUUCCAAAUCAAAAAUCAUUUAUGGAUUUUUAUAAAUUGUCUCAUCAAUAAUCCUUCAUUUGAUUCCCAGACUAAGGAACACAUGACUUUACAACAAAAAAGUUUUGGUUCUAAAUGUGUAUUAACUGAUAAAUUCAUUACAACUGUAAUGAAAAUUGGCAUUGUAGAAUCAGUUUUAACAUGGGCCAAAUUUAAGGCUGAUAGCCAACUGCAAAAAUUGGGACCUAAAUCAAAACAAAGAAAACUUCAAGGUAUUCCUAAGUUGGAAGAUGCUAAUGAUGCUGGAACAAAUAAAUCAUUAGAAUGUACUCUAAUAUUAACUGAGGGAGAUUCAGCUAAAACAAUGGCUGUAUCAGGAAUAGCUGCUGUAGGUAGAGAUAAGUAUGGUAUAUUUCCAUUAAGAGGUAAAAUAUUGAAUGUAAGAGAAGCAACGCAUAAGCAAAUUUUGGAAAAUGCAGAGAUCAACAAUUUGAUAAAAAUUCUUGGUCUUCAAUAUAAAAAAAAGUAUGAAUCUCGGGAUGAUCUUAAAACACUUCGUUAUGGUAAAAUGAUGAUUAUGACUGAUCAAGAUCAGGAUGGUUCACAUAUAAAGGGUCUUUUAAUUAAUUUUAUUCAUCACAAUUGGCCAUCUUUACUAAAACUUAACUUCAUUGAAGAAUUCAUUACACCAAUCGUAAAGGCAUCAAAAGGAAAUCAAGUAUUAUCAUUCUUUUCAUUGCCAGAAUUUGAAGCAUGGAAAAAAGAAACAGAGAAUUUUCAUACAUAUAAAAUCAAAUACUACAAAGGUUUGGGUACUUCUACUGCCAAAGAGGCAAAGGAGUACUUUGAAAAUAUGACCAGACACAGAAUUCGGUUUCGAUAUGAUGGUGAUCAAGAUGAUCAAAAUAUUAUUAUGGCAUUUAGUAAAAAAUGUGUUGAUCAACGUAAAGAAUGGUUAGUGAAUCAUAUGGACGAAACAAAGAGACGGAAAGAGAUUGGUUUAGGUGAACGUUAUCUUUAUGAGAAAGAUACUCGUACAGUAUCUUUUUCAGACUUUAUAAAUGUUGAAUUAGUGCUAUAUAGUAAUUAUGAUAACGUGCGAUCUAUACCUAGUAUGGUGGAUGGAUUUAAACCUGGACAAAGAAAAGUACUUUUUACAUGUUUGAAACGUAAUGAUAAACGUGAAGUAAAAGUUGCACAGUUAGCUGGUUCAGUUGCGGAACAUUCGGCUUAUCAUCAUGGUGAAGUGUCUCUUAUGGCUACUAUAAUCAACUUGGCUCAAAAUUUUGUGGGAAGUAACAAUAUCAACAUACUUCAGCCUAUUGGUCAGUUUGGUACAAGACUUACAGGAGGUAAAGAUGCUGCAAGUGCUCGAUAUAUCUUCACGAUGCUUAGUCCACUAGCAAGAUUUAUAUUUCAUAAACACGACGAUCCACUUCUUGCACAUGAAUAUGAUGAUAAUCAAAAAAUUGAGCCAGUAUAUUAUGUUCCUGUAAUACCAAUGGUAUUGGUAAAUGGUGCAGAUGGUAUAGGUACAGGAUGGAUGACAAAAAUUCCAAAUUAUAAUCCUCGUGAAAUCAUAGAAAAUUUAUUCCGUAUGAUGGAGGGUGGAGAUCCUAAACCAAUGAUACCAUACUACAAAAAUUUUACGGGUGUAAUUGAAACUUGUGGAGAGUAUCGUUAUAUCUGUAGCGGUGAAAUAUCUGUAAUAGGACCAGACAAAGUAGAAAUUACAGAACUUCCAAUUGGAAUGUGGACACAAACUUACAAAGAGACAGUAUUAGAACCUAUGUUACAUGGCACUGAAAAAACACCUGCAGUUAUUACAGAUUAUAAAGAAUAUUACACAGAUACAACUGUACAUUUUAUAGUAAUAUUAAAUCGUGAUAAAUUACUGGAAUUAGAAAGAGAUGGUCUUCAUAAAGCUUUUAAAUUGCAAUCGACAAUGUCUAUAACAUCUAUGUGUGCAUUUGAUGAAAAUCGAUGUCUUCAGAAAUAUGAAAGUGUCACUCAAAUAUUAAAGAAUUUUUACAAAAUUAGAUUGGAAGCGUAUCAUAAAAGGAAAGAUUAUUUAGAGGGUAUUUUGCAAGCAGAAGCAGGAAAAUUAUCAAAUCAAGCUCGCUUUAUUCUAGAAAAAUGUGAUGGUACCUUGGUAAUUGAAAAUAAAAAGAAAAAAGAUAUGAUAGCUGAAUUAGCAAGACGUAAUUACGAAUCUGAUCCUGUCCUUGCAUGGAAAUUAACUCAAAAUAGAGAAGCAGUCUUGGAGGAAGUUGCUGAAGAAAUAACUGAAGAUACACCAUCCUCAUCAGCUAUGAUACAAAAAAAUAAUUUCGAUUAUCUUUUGGGCAUGACUCUGUGGUCCUUGACAAAAGAGAAAAAGGAUGAUAUCCUACGUCAAAGAGAUGAAAAAAUAGCAGAAUUAAAGAGAUUGCAAGCUCGUACACCUAUUUCUCUUUGGAAAGAAGAUUUGGAUAAUUUACUAAGCGAAUUAAAUAAAGUAGAAGAGAAAGAAAAGAAAGAAGAAAAUAAAUCACGUCAAAAUAUCAAAAAACCACCAGCAAAGUUCUACAAACAAGAGGAUACUCGUAGAAUAGUCCCUGUAAUUGAUACUGAAUUAAAAAAGAAAAUAGAAAAGGCAGAUAUUGUAUCAAAGGACAAAAAAGAAGGAAUUAAGAGACAGCCAAAAAUUAAAAAAGAACUAACUGAAGAAAAAGAUGAGUUUGAUGCUCUCGUGGAAUCUAAUAAACCUAUCGAUGAGAAACUCAAUAUUAAAGUUGAGAAAAAAUCAGGUGCUAAAAAAGGAAUGAAACAGACAACACUGUCAUUUAAACCUUUGAAGAAAUCAAAGAAGAAGGAUUCAGAUUCCGAUAGCAACGAAUUUGACAGUAACGAAAUUGAUUUUGAUAGUAUUUCACCAGUGCGUUCGCCACGAAGAGCAGCUGCAUCUAAAAGGAAUUAUGCUCUUAGUAGUGACGAAUCGGAUGCUGCUAGUGAAAAUCUUUAUAGUUUGUCAUCUGAUUCUGAACAAGUGAGGAAACCGAAACCUCCUACAAUAGCACUUAGCGAUUCUGAUGAUGAUUUCAAAAUAGACAAGAAACCACCGCCACCUAAAUCGAGUCCAGAGGAACUUUUUGAUAGUUUAGUUGGAAAUACUCCUGACAAAUCACAAAAACCUGUUAUAUCUUCUUCAGGUGAAGAUAGUUCUUUGGUAAUGUUUACACCACCAAAAAAAGUUCCAUCGAAGAAAAAAGCUGAAAAUGGGGGUGCAAAGGCAACGAAGCGUCAAUUGAAGAAGAAACUCAAAUCUUCAGAUUCUGAAAAUGAUGAUAAUUCAUUAGCGACUAAAACGAAACCUAAUAAAAAACGGAUGAAAAAAUCAGACUCCGAAAGCGAGAAUACAGUGGAAUCAUCGCCUGUAGUACCCAUAAGAAAAAAUAGUGCACGUAAUCGGAAACCAGUUUCUUACGCACUUAAAUCGGACGAAGAAAGUGAUUCAGAUUAAUUGUAUUAACGUGGUAAAUUUCUCAAAAAAGAAAAAAAGAAAGAAAAAAAGAAAAAACUGUAAAUUACGAAGACUGCCUAUAUAAAUUAAGGGAGAGAGAAAAGGUAGAUCUGAAUUGGCAUGGAGGCCAAGUUUUAGUAUUUUUGUGGUUUCUUACGUCUUUGGAAAUGUCAAAGAAGGCACAGUUGCAAUGAAUAUUGUAAUUAUAAUUAAUUGUAUGUGGGCAUAGAGUAAGAGAACAUCAUGUUCAAAAUCAUUUUAAACUGAUUUCAAAGUUUUAUCCAAUGGACGACUAUGUGCAGAACAAAGACAACAGUAUACUCUAAGCUCAUUACACAAACGUGUAGGUAAUUAAAAACUUUAGAUUUAAUAUUAAAUUAACAUUGUAUAACUCAUUGAAAUGUUGUAAGAAAACACGGCGCACAAUCCAUUAUGUCAUGUGUAUGUAAUAUUCAUUUAUGAUAUACAAAACAAACUAAAUAGAUAAUGAAUCUUUUAUUUUUCAUUAUUGUAUCUUUUAAUUUUGCUUCUCCUUAUAAAAGUAAUAGAGAUUAUUUGAUAAGGAUGACGUUCUUACACACAUGACAUUAUUGAGUAACAUUACUCCUAUAUAAUUAAUGCGCCAUACAUGUAAUAAAAUAUAUGGACAUUUUCAUA